AAAGACCGAAUGGUAGGCUGGAGACGCGAUCAAGUAGUUGUGGUGUCUUUACACUCGGCCACCAGAGGACGUGUAUAGUCAGCUUGGUAUACUGUCCAGUGGUGUCAAGGCAGGUUCAAGCAAGGAGACUUCUACAGCAAGGUUAUAUAGUUGUUGUCCCUGGUGCACUAUCAUCAUGUGUUUUCCCGAUUCUUCCUCCUCCCGGCCACGAGGCGCGACCGCCAGCAAAGUCUCUGAUGUGGCAUUCACUGAGAUGGCGGCUGUGGCAGCUUUGAUGGCGUUCCUGGUGGUGGUUUUGGUGGUAUUGGUGUUAGCGUACGUCAUCCAGCGGCUGCUCAAGUGUAGUCGCUCUCAGGAGGGCAGAGUGGUGACAGAUCCUUCUUCCCGGCGAGCCAGGGGACGAGGCGGCCAAGGACGACCACCGGAGCUGCUGGAAGUCCAUAGCCGUCGCAUCAGCCUGGUCACCCCGCUCGCGGCGUUCCAUGAGGCCAUCCGCUGCCGCACGCCUCCGCCCCGCUACUCAGAAGUGGGCGGCUCUCUGCCCUCCUACACCUCGGCGUUCAAAGACUUGCAGAGUGGUUCCCUGGGAGGCGGGGUGAGAGUGGUACAGGGCCUCGCUGCUGCUGACGAUUCUGUCUUCCUCUCGCCGGGGACAAUUUCUCCUCCUCCUCCUCCGCCUCCGCCGCCGCCGCCUUCGCCUCCCCAAGGACCGCAUCGCCACCGCCUCUGACCACACUUGCAUUUAUUUGUCGUUUAUUUUGUACUUUUAAACUUAGUGUGAGUACUUCAGUAAUAUAUUCAGCACCAUCGUCA